GACGCUGGACUAGAUGCGUCAUCUGCGAUUACUCUACGCCGUGAAAUGCUAGAAGCUAUCAAGUAUAAAUUCCCCAGCGUGCAAUUCGACGACCUUGAAUGGCCCCUUAUGACGCCCAGCGGUUCCCCGCUGCCUCGGAAGAGACCAUCUAAUCUUCGGUGUUUGAGAACCUCCAGCACUGAGGAAGCAUCUGACGAUGACGACGACUCGAGUACAAGCAUGAAGGCGUACUGGGAUUCCAUUCGCAAGACGUAUGCAGAGCAAUCUUUAGACGCUUCCUUGCUAUCGAAUACGGCCAUGUCACAAUUCCCGCCUCAUUGGACAGUCGUCUAUGUCAGCCUCACACCUGACAAGAGUACCCUCUUUAUCUCUCGGCAGAAUAUUUCUUCUGAGCCGUUGAUGUUCCGUGUGCCUCUCAAAGGCCGCCGCGAAUCGGACGGAGAGGAACACCUCACGUUUGACGAUGCGGUAAAGGAGCUAGCUGAGAUAAUCCGCUUAAGCAACCAAGGGACACGCAACGCGGUCAACGUACGAAAUGAUGAUCCGCAAGCAAGAACUGCUUGGUGGGCGGAGCGUAACGUUCUGGAUAAAAGGAUGCAAGCGUUGCUAGAAAACAUCGAAUUUUGCUGGUUGGGCGCAAUCAAAACCAUUCUCAGUCUUGUCCUACCUAUAUCAGCCGAGCUCAUCACUGACCUCCGUGUCCGUUUUGAGAAGGUGUUGACGCUAGGGUUAAGCACGAAGAACGUCUUGCGUGGAUCCACAGAUGUCCGAUCAACAACACCUCCUGAUCGGUUCUCAGCAGACGCAAGUCGAACCCGAUCAAGCAAGAACGAAACGCUCGGGAUGCGGCCCACGCUCUGGCCCCUCAAGACCGGAACAGAUUCCCAAGGAACGCCCUGUGCAUUGUGGUCCAGGACGAGGAACAUGUGGGGAUCGUCUACCGGAGUUGAGUUCACCUUCCCUCGUUUGUUCUUGAAGGCGGCAUGGCUUGAGCAAAUGCGGAGUGUAGGCUGGGAGGGAGUGAUUGGACGACCACCAAGCGAACAGCAUGUCUUAGAUGCCCUCGCGCGGAAAGAUCUAGUAGUGUGA